UCAGAGUCCCCCCCUUAUAUUAUAAGCUCUGAACCAUAUAAAUACAAGUGCAUUCAUCCAAAACGUCAAACAAUCUGCUACGGGACUGAAGGCAAUGGGGCCCCUCGGACACUGCGCGCUUCUGUUGUUGGCUUGUGCCUCUGUUUGGGGACAGAAAUUAAAGAGACAGUCGGACAUUGGCACAGGCCCAUUCCCUGCCGACUGUGAAGAUGUAUAUGCUCUGGGAUCAAAGGAAGAUGGAGUGUACAUUAUCUACCCUGCUGGAUCUUCAAGUGCUUUGCCCGUAUACUGUGACAUGACUACCGAUGAAGCCAAGUGGACGGUUAUACAGAAGAGGUUUGAUGGCUCCCUGAGCUUCUCCCGUGGUUGGACCGACUAUAAGUUGGGUUUCGGCCGGGCAGAUGAAGAGUACUGGCUUGGGCUCCAUAACAUUUACCAGCUAACCCUGCAGAAGAAAUAUAUGCUGAGGAUUGAACUAGGAGAUUUUGAGAACAACACGGCCCAUGCAGAAUAUACUGACUUCUCCCUCUCGCCCAAUGCAAUUAACCCAGAGGAUGAUGGGUACACUCUUUUUGUGGAUGGAUUCAUUGAUGGAGGUGCAGGAGAUUCUCUGACUUUUCACAACGGGAUGAAGUUCUCCACCUUCGACCACGACCAGGACACUUACCAGCAGAACUGUGCAUUCCUCUAUUCCAGUGGCUUUUGGUUUAAGGGCUGUCACUUGGCCAACAUAAAUGGGCCAUACCUGCAGGAUGCCACCUACACGUCCUCUGGCAAUGGCAUCACUUGGACUCGCUGGAAGGGUUUUAACUACUCCCUCAAAACGACUGAGAUAAAGAUACGACGUGUGGAAAUGUGUCAAAAUUGCUCAAAUAAAUAGACUUUACUUCACCCUGUUGUUUAUUGGCUGUUACUAACUGUAAUUCCAUUGUGACCUCUCUCUCUCUGCAUCCUUACCCAUUGUAGCCUCUCUCUUUCGUUGGAUUGUGUUUCUUAUUAUUUAAUCAAUGAUGUCCACUAAUAAAAUGUGCCAUGUCA